CAUUGCCAAGCUCCUCCACUCAUCCAAGGCUCGGAGCUCCCGAGGGUGACCUUCGUCUCUGCAUCCCCUGCCCAACCGGAGGAGCGAAAACCAUGGCGUCCCGCCUGCACCAUUUCCUCCUCCUCGCCGCGCUCCUCCUGCUGAUCGGCGGCGCCUCCUCAGCGGGCGACGCGGGAAACGGGAAGGUGCGCAUGGAGCUCUACUACGAGUUUCUAUGCCCCGACUCAUUUCAGUUCAUGGUGGACAGCCUCGCCAGAGUCUUCAAGGACGGACUCCUCGAUGCCGCUGACCUCACCCUGGUUCCCUACGGCAACGCCAAGGUCGACGCGCACGGCGCCAUCACAUGUCAGCAUGGCCCCGAGGAAUGCCUUCUCAACACCGUGGAGGCCUGCGCCAUCGACGCCUGGCCGGACGUGAAUGUGCAUUUCGGCUUCAUCAUCUGCGUGGAGGAGCUGGCGAUGGAGUACAAGCACCAGGAGUGGCAGUCGUGCUUCCAGAAGCAAGGGCUUCACCCCAAGCCUGUCAUGGAGUGCUACGAGAGUGAGCAUGGCCACAAGCUUUCGCUCAAGUACGGGAGACAGACAGAUGCGCUCGUGCCUCGCCACACGUCCGUUCCGUGGGUGGUGGUUGAUGGCAAGCCGCUGUACGACGACUUCGGGGACUUCGUAGCUUACAUCUGCAAGGCGUACAAGGGACGUCCUCCAAAGAUUUGCCAACACAAAGAGCCGGGCCGUGACUAUCCAACCGUGCAGCAGGCGGCGGAGCCAGGCAACCGUGUCGGCUACAACUCCGGCGAUGUCGUGCUCAAUGAUGGCGUCGACGACAGGACUAAGAUGGCGCGGGCUGAUGACAAUUGAGAAAUUGUGCUUCCCGACCCUUCGGGUCCUGAUCAUGUCCAUAUCCGUGAAAGUUGGACAGUUUCAUCCUUCUGUCCGGGUUAACCAUGGAAAUGUAUUCCACUCGAUAAUAAAGUGAGUUACGGUAA